AUGUUCCAGGAAGCUGCUAUUCACACGCUGUACUCCGAGGUCACCGACUUGACGUCGUUCCUUAGAUGUUUGCCCGAUGACUUAUGGAAGCUGCAAGGGAGAACAUUUUCAUUCAAACGGCAAAUGCAAGCCGCCGACUGGACUGUGCUACUCCGCUACUCCUCCUUCGUGAGGAGCAUCAUUCAACGCCUUAGCGAAAUUGAAUUGGACAUGAGCGUCUACGAGGCUUUAUGUCACUGCCCCGUGCCCUGGUUGUUCCCCCGACUUCGCAGACUCGAGUGGCGUCACGCCGCCAGCGCCAAACGCCUCGUGUCUCACCUCGCCGGCCUCCUCUUUAGUCCCGAACUCGAGCAUGUUGACAUCGCCGCCUCCGGCACGCUCGUCCUCGAAAACCUACCAUCGAUCGUAGCCCGCUGCCCUCUCGUCAAGAUGUUUGACUGCGCUCCACACCGCAUUGACCACGACGACGCGCUUUCGCGUGCGUUCUGCUCCUGGAAACACCUCGAACGGGUCUCGUGCGACAAUCCCUCACCUGAGACGAUGCGUCUUUUCACCGGGCUCAGUUCACUCGGAUCGCUGUCGCUCACAAUCUCCGAAAAGACCGAGUGGCUUGGGCUCAGCGGUCAGGAUGCGUACUUCUCGCUGCCCAGCCUCCGCUCGCUCACCGUGCACGCGGACACAUUCAACACCUGCAUCGCAUUCUUCGAUGCACUCACCGCACACGAGCAGCACCGACUCACGCUCACGAGCCUCGUCCUUGUAGUCACCAAAGUAUCCGAGUCCGCGCUGAGCGCGUGCCUCGUCAAGCUUCCGCUCAUCCUCUCCCACCCGACGCUGCGCACGCUCGAGCUGCACGCCGGCUUCCCAUGCGGGCCACGCGUCACCUUCGCCGACAUCGCGCCCCUGCUCGUCUUCCACAUGAUAUCGUCCUUCGCCCUCUACGGCCCGUUCACGCUCGCACUCAACGACGCGCAGCUCGACCAGCUCGGCCAAGCAUGGCCCAACCUCGAGACCUGCCACGCGAACCCGACCGCGCGUGACUCGGUUGAGCGCGUCUCCCUGCGCGGGCUCACCUCCAUCCUGCGGUGGUGUCCGCACAUCCGCUCGCUCUCGCUGCUUAUCGAGGCGCGAAUGGCGGACGCAGAUGCCGUGAUGAGCGGGCAGGCAGCAGGUGGUGUUCCCGUCCGGAAUGAUCGGGUGACCAACCUGCAGCUGGGAGACUCGAGCGUCGUGGACGAGGAGGGGGUAGCCCUGUUUUUAGCACAGAUGAUGCCCCGCUUGCGCCGGAUCAUUGCCUAUGGCAAGUUCAGGGCGCAGUGGAAGGCUGUUGAGCACGGCAUUCAUUCCCAACGAAACGCUUCUAUAUGA